AUGGCGUGGUUUGCACUGGUGAAGAAUGGGUUUGCUCUCGUCCGUCCGCCAGGACAUCACGCCGAAAAAGACAAAAAUCAGGGAUUCUGUUUCUUCAAUAACAUCGCCAUAGCAGCGAGGUACAUACAGAGCAAAUACAGGCACCUUGUAAAGAAAAUCCUCAUUCUUGACUGGGACGUUCACCAUGGCAACGGCACCCAGCAGGAGUUUUAUGAAAACGAUGACGUCAUGUUUAUCUCCAUUCAUCGUUUUGACCAAGCGAAGUUUUAUCCCUCGUUACGUGAAAGUGGAGUCACUUCCGUCGGCAAAGGAAUAGGCGAAGGUUUUAACAUUAACAUCCCGUGGAAUGGCGACAAGAUGGGAAAUGCCGAAUACUUGGCUGCGUUUAACCAAAUUGUAGUGCCAGUGGCGAAAGCUUUUCAAGCGGACAUUCUCCUAGUAUCGGCUGGUUUCGACGCCGCGGAAGGCGAUCUUUUAGGAGAGUACCACCUAACACCGGAUGUUUAG